AUGGAGGAUCAAAGCCGCUGGAUAUAUCUUCGGAACCGUACUUGUGAUGACUAUUUAGAUGGUCUCAAAUCUUUCCUAACUGCUGCAAAGACAGAUAUGUUGAAUAGACAGAAGUCAUCUAUGUGGUGUCAAUGCGUUGACUGUAAGAAUGAAAAGCAAUACUCGAAUUCGUUGACAGUCCAUGCCCAUCUAAUAAUGCGAGGAUUCAUGGAUGACUACAGAUGUUGGAACAAACAUGGAGAAAAAGGUGUCAAUGCCCGAGACCAGGCGCAGGAUGGUGAGGAAGGCCUCCAUGAAACUAUUGCUUGUGGCGAGGAAGCACGCUUUGGCAAUGAGGAACUAUGUGAUGAUGAUGUAGCAGAUAUUGAUGCCAACUACGAUGCAGUCCAUCUUGCUAAAAAUCUAGAGGAGAUGGUGCGUGAUGCCUUUGGCUUUGAGGAGUACACUGGUUCGGAGUUCAAGAAGAUGGAACAACUUUUGAAAGAUAUGAAGAUGCCAGAUAGGAGCUGGAGGUCAGAGAGAUAG